AUGUGGGAUUCCUUAAUUGUAAGCAUCAACGAUACGCACAAGCUGGGACUGGAGGAUUGCCUUGCCGUUUUUGGCCACGUUCCUAUCACGAAGGCCGUCAAGCAUGUCAGGCUGACGGAGAUUGACACGCAGACGUCCACGUUUACACUCAAGUUUCUUCACACAGAAACGGGCCAGAACAUCGAGAAAAUUAUCUACUUUAUUGAUAAUGACACGGGCAAUGAUACCCGCACUGCUACCGGAAUCAAGCAAAUCUUCAACCGGAUGUUCCGCAUCGCUGCGGAGAAGAGGAAGCUGUCCCCCAUUCAGAUCGACACUGUUGAGUACCCCUGCACUCUAGUUGACUUGUUGAUCCUGGUAGGUGUGGCACUACCGCCAUUGUGCUACCUCUAUCGUCCCGCCCUACACGCUGUCUUCUUCCUGGUCCCGAAUCCUUUGGGCUCCACCUUAAAGAAGUGGCUGGACAGUGAUCGUGUGCUGCAAAUCAUCAUUGUUGCUGAGUUCCUGACUCACGCCCUGGAAACGCUCAUUUUUGUCGUCCCCAGACUCAAGUACUACCGUGUUCCUGGCGAGUUUGUGCCCGAGUGGCUUCUUCUAGGUCUUCUGGAAGGCUACGGCCCUGCGAGACGUCUAGACACUAAGGCCCGCACUCUUGGCGAAGGGUCUGUUAAUUAG